CAGCGGCGGCGCCCCGAUGGCGGCGGCGGCCGCGGGGGCCGCGCUCCUCACGCACUCCGCCUUCUGGGACCCCACGGUCAGCGGCGACUGGGACAGCGAGCGGCCCAGCCCGGCCUGCCUGCUGCGGAUCAAACGGGAUAUCAUGUCCAUCUACAAGGAGCCGCCCCCGGGGAUGUUCGUGGUGCCCGACCCCCACGACAUGACCAAGAUCCACGCGCUGAUCACGGGCCCGUUCGACACCCCCUACGAGGGCGGCUUCUUCCUGUUCCUGUUCCGCUGCCCGCCCGACUACCCCAUCCACCCGCCCCGCGUCAAGCUCAUGACCACGGGCAACAACACCGUGCGCUUCAACCCCAACUUCUACCGCAACGGCAAGGUCUGCCUCAGCAUCCUGGGCACGUGGACAGGCCCGGCCUGGAGCCCGGCCCAGAGCAUCUCGUCAGUGCUGAUCUCCAUCCAGUCCCUGAUGACCGAGAACCCGUACCACAACGAGCCCGGCUUCGAGCAGGAGCGGCACCCCGGGGACAGCAAGAACUACAACGAGUGCAUCCGGCACGAGACCAUCCGCGUGGCCGUGUGUGACAUGCUGGAGGGGAAGUGUCCCUGCCCCGAGCCCCUCCGCGGCGUCAUGGAGAAAUCCUUCAUGGAGUACCUGGACUUCUACGAGGGCGUGUGCAAGGAGAGGCUGCACCUGCAGGGCCAGACCAUGCAGGACCCUUUUGGGGAGAAGCGCGGCCACUUUGACUACCAGGCGCUGCUGGGGCGGCUGCAGGCGCUGCGGGCGCGGCUGCAGGAGCGGCAGCAGCCGGACAGCGCCGAGGGGGACUCGGAGAGCAGCUCCUCGGAGGCCGAGCCCGAGCCCCAGGGCUGCCCCAGGGCCUAGGAGGGCCCGGCCCGGCCCGGGACUGCAGCACAGCCAGGCCGGGGCGGGGACAGCGCCCGGAGAGCGCCCCGAGGAUCCCCCGAGGAGAAUUCCCAAAAAGAGACAAAGCCCAGCUCGGGACAGGCUCCUCUUGGACAAAGGUACUUCCUGGCAUGUGGCAUCAGGUUGUUUUUUGGGGUUUUGUUGGAGAACACCUACACUGGUUGGGGAUUUUUGGGGGUUUUUUUUUUUGUUUUGGUUUGGUUUGGUUUUUUUUUUCCAGGUUUUUUUUUUUGGUUUUUUUUUUUCCUCCGUUCGAUUAAAGAAUGAGCUCUAGACUGCAAAUCCUUGAGAGCUUUUCUGCUCCUGGGCAGGGAGGGAGCCCUUCCCUGGAGCUGUGGGAGUGCUUGGAUAGCCCAAGGCGUGUCCAGGUGGAAUCUGGGAGAGCUGGGGCCUCCCUGGUGUCUUUCUUCUAGGCAGACCAAAGCUAAAGGAAUUCUCACUGCUGGAAUUGGGGCUCCUUCCCCAAAGCUUUACUCGAGCCCUGGGGCACUUUGGAGACUUCAUGUGGAAAGUGGGAACUGCAGGAAUCCAUGGAUUUGUUCAGCCUGGAGGUCUGGGGAAGGGAGGAUGAGGAGGGCAGAGCUGAGAUCAGUUUGAUGGCUUCUGUCACACUGCAUUUAGCCUUUCAGGAGGGCUUUUCUCCUGGUGGAGCCGUUCUUUCCUCACCUGGAAUUCUGUGUGUCCCACCUCGGGUCAGUGCCACCUCCGUGUCCCCUCCUGUCCCCUCCCUCCCCGCUGCCGCCCCAUGGAGGGAGGGAGGGAGGGAGGGAGGGACAGUCCCUGCUGGGCUCUGGCACAGACUCUUUGCCAAACCUUGCCAAAUUCUGCGUUUUGGGACCGCCGAGAGCGGGGUCGGCGCCGGGGGUGGCACGCAGAGGUGGCAGUGGCAGUGCCACCCGCCCAGCCCGCCUGGAGGUGACAGUUCCCCCUGGAAUUGUGGAUUUUAGGGACAGCAAAGGGCAGAGCCCGCCCUCCCCACCAGUCUGGCCCAGUUUGGGUCCUGCUGGUGCUGGGAGCACUUCCCAGCCUGGAGCCUCAUCCCGAGGGGCAGGAGCAGCCGGAUCCCCCGGGGCCGUGGGGACUGCAGCAGGAAGUGGGAAUGGGAAUUUUCCCGGUGGGAAAUGGGAAUUUCUCAGGUGGGAAAUGGGAAUUUCUCAGGUCGGAAAUGGGGAAAUUUCCCUUGUGGGAAAUGGGGAAUUUCUCAGGUAGGAAAUGGGAAUUUCCCUGAUGGGAAAUGAGGAAUUUCACUGGUGGGAAAUGAGAAUUUCCCAGGUGGGAAACAGGGAAUUACCCUGGUGAGAAAUGGGAAUUUCCCUGAUGGGAAUUGGGGAAUUUCCCUGGUGGGAAAUGAGAAUUUCCCUGGUGGGAAAUGAGGAAUUUCCCUGGUGGGAAAUGGGAAUUUCCCUGGUGGGAAAUGGGAAUUUCCCUGGUAGAAAAUGGGAAUUUCCCUGAUGGGAAUUGGGGAAUUUCCCUGGUGGGAAAUGAGAAUAUACCAGGUGGGAAAUGAGAAUUUCCCUGGUGGGAAAUGGGAAUUUGCCUGGUAGAAAAUGGGAAUUUCCCUGAUGGGAAUUGGGGAAUUUCCCUGGUGGGAAAUGAGAAUUUCCCUGAUAGGAAAUGGGGAAUUUUCCUGGUAGGAAAUGGGGCAAUUUCCCAGGUAGGAAAUGGAGAAAUUUGCCUUGUGGGAAAUGGGGAAUUUCUCAGGUGGGAAAUGGGGAAUUUCCUUGGUGAGGAAUUUCCCGGUGGGAAAUGGGGAAUUUUUGUGCUUUUCCCGAAAACCUCGGGAAUUGUUUCCCUUUUUUCACCCAAAUCCUGGGGCUGGUUUGGAUUUAACCCUCGGGGGAGGCCGAGCUGCCACCCCGGGGCCGGUGCCACCUCCUGUGUCACCUGUGUCACCUGUGUGUCACCCGAGCAGCUUUCCCAGCUUUCCCAGGGCUGGGAAUUGCCUGCUGUCCCCCGGGGGUGUCCCCGGGGUGUCCCCAGCCCAGUGACAGUCCUGCAGGCACUAGAACCCUUUUAAAAACCACAUUUUUGGAGGCUGGCACGGAGCUGGGAGCAGCAAAGGCACGCGGAGAUCCCGGCUGCUCCCCGGUGUGCAGAAGAUUGAAAUUCUUUUUUUUUUUGGGUUUUUUUGGGGGGGUUGUGUUUCCUUUUUUGGUUUUUUCGGUUUUUUCCUUUGUGCAAUAAAUUCUGUUUUGGCAGAACGGAGCCUGUGG